CUCUCAGCGCAACGUUCCUCAGCGGCAAGAUGGCGGCGGCGCAACAGCAACCGCGCGACAGAGCCGCGCAGGUGGCCAGGCCGGCGUCGGACACCGACCCCCUCAGCCGCUUCACGUGUCCCGUGUGCCUGGAAGUGUUCGAGAAGCCGGUGCAGGUGCCCUGCGGACACAUCUUUUGCUCUGCAUGCCUGCAGGAAUGUCUGAAGCCGAAGAAACCUGUCUGUGGGGUGUGUCGCAGCGCUCUGGCACCUGGCGUCCGAGCUUUGGAGCUCGAGCGGCAGAUCGAGAGCACAGAAACUUCUUGCCAUGGCUGCCGUAAGAAUUUUAUCCUUUCUAAGAUCCGGGCCCAUGUGGCUUCAUGUUCCAAAUAUCAGAAUUACAUCAUGGAAGGUGUGAAGGCCACCACCAAGGAUGCCUCCCUUCAGCCAAGAAAUGUCCCAAACCGGUACACUUUUCCUUGUCCAUACUGUCCUGAGAAGAACUUUGAUCAGGAAGGACUUGUGGAGCAUUGCAAACUAACUCACAGCACGGAUACCAAGUCUGUGGUUUGUCCCAUAUGUGCCUCAAUGCCCUGGGGAGACCCCAGCUACCGCAGCGCCAACUUCAUGGAGCAUAUCCAGCGUCGCCACCGCUUUUCCUAUGACACUUUUGUGGAUUAUGAUGUUGAUGAAGAUGACAUGAUGAACCAGGUGUUGCAACGCUCCAUCAUCGACCAAUGAAUGGGGUUCUCACUGUCCACCUCAUUCUAGAGCUUCCAUUACACACUAGGUGUGAGCCCUUGACUCCUGCACCUCACAUGUAAUGCAGAUCUGGAAAUGAGCCAUGGCACCGGACAGGCUCACUUCUCCCAGGGCAGAGCCCUAUUUCCUUUGGGCUCUUGCAGCAUUGUCUUCACUGAUAACCUUGUUUGCCCUGUGUCUGCUUUCACGCGGCUACUGCUUCCUUUAAGAAGAGUCCAGCUUCUCUCACAUGUUCAUGUUUCACAUUCAUCAUUGUCCAGUGUUCAUCUCUCAGGUCCUCCCAGCCAGCCAGGACCUUCUCUGGGCCAUGAAUAGCACAAAACGGGGACUCCUUUCCUUGGCCCUAAGGUGACUGGGUUUUGCAGUGUACUGGACCAGGACUGCGCUCCUCUCCUCCUGGGUGACAUUGGGGUUGCGCAGUUUGAUGGUGGAGGUUUUGGUUACUGUUGUUUUUCUACACCUCCUGCACGUUCGUACAACUGACUGGCUUCUGUCUUAAAUGCCGGACGGUGCCUUUUAGGAUAAGGUUAUCACCAUAGAAUUGUAGUGGAAAUUUUGGAUAGCAAAGGUGGAGUGCGUUCAUCUACAAGUGGGGAAAGGUGGGGGUGUGUGACUUUUGGUUUUCUUUCAUGCUAAUGAGUGUUCCCAGGUAGCUGGGUCAUGUGUUCCUCUGUUCAGUAUCUGCUGGCAUUCUUGCUCUCAAGUGUGAAAGAGCCCUCUGGUGAUAGAGGAGGGGAGGGCAUUGUCUGUUGGUUAUGCUGCUUGGUAACAUGAUGAACCUGAGCAGUGUUCCUGUCAUGGGUCUUUGUGUGUUUUAACCCUACCUUUCAGUGCAGGGGCUGUGACAAAACCAGGGCCAUACCCACUUGUCUCUUCCAAAGCCCCUGCCACAGUUGAGGCAGUCUGUUGGAGGCUCCCUUGAGCAGUGGCUCUAAAAGCUGGAAAUCUAGCACGUUUUAAAAAGUACAAGGAUGGGCACCACCAGGCUAAUGUGCAGGACAGACCCACAGCAUGGGCAGAGUCUUCUUUUUCCCCCUGACAUGUGGCUCUGGUCCAGCUGGGACUGCAUGCAAUAGUGUGCUUUUGAUGUGGUACCCCUGCAGUGGCGCCUCUGCCUAUCAGGGAAAAGCUAGCUCAAAUGCCUCAUAACCAGCAGAGUCUGGCAGGAUCAUCUUCCCAGUGUUACUGUUCGGAAGAGCCCAGAUACUACUUUUUCAGUGUGCCCUCGGCAAGGUUUGCUCAGGAGAUGUGUGGAGGGAAGUUUGACAAGACCUUGGCCUGAGGAGCUGAGAAAGGCCUGCUGUGCCACAGUGCAGCAGGGACCUCUUGUCCUGCAUCACACUCGCUGUUUGUAACAGAACGACUUUCCAGAAAGUAUGGUUAUGUUCUAGCUUUUACAGGGUGAAAUAUCAAUAAAUUUCGUAAUUUAUCCAA